AUGACUGGUAAAGCUUCAACAAAUUCCACGUUCAAGAAUCGGGAAAAACCGCAGGAAGUGCGCAAAGCUAACAUCAUCGCGGCGCGCGCGGUGGCAGAUGCGAUCCGUACAUCUUUGGGGCCUAAAGGUAUGGAUAAGAUGAUCAAGACCUCUAGAGGUGAGGUCAUUAUCUCAAAUGAUGGGCACACAAUUCUCAAACAGAUGGCCAUUCUGCAUCCUGUGGCAAAAAUGCUUGUGGAAGUGUCCGCGGCGCAAGAUACGGAGGCCGGCGAUGGAACAACAUCCGUGGUUAUCCUAACCGGUGCUCUCCUUGGUGCUGCAGAGAAACUCUUGAACAAGGGUGUGCAUCCAACCAUUAUCGCUGAAUCGUUCCAGAGAGCCGCCAAACGUUCCGUUGAAAUUUUGCUGGAUAUGUCCCAAAAAAUCUCUCUCAGCGACAAGCAAGCCCUAACACGCGCUGCAGCAACAUCUUUGAGCUCCAAGAUUGUCUCUCAACACUCUUCUUUCUUGGCGCCCUUGGCAGUGGACUGUGUGCUAAGUAUCAUCGAUGAAAACGCUACAAAUGUGGACUUAAAUGAUAUUCGCUUGAUCAAGAAGGUUGGUGGAACUAUUGACGACACUGAGAUGGUGGAUGGCGUAGUUCUCACACAGAAUGUGGUGAAGACUGCUGGUGGCCCUACCAGGAUCGAAAAAGCCAAAAUAGGUUUAAUUCAGUUCCAAAUUUCACCUCCAAAACCAGACACAGAAAACAACAUUGUGGUGAACGAUUACAGACAGAUGGAUAAGAUACUAAAAGAGGAGCGCGCCUACCUGCUGAACAUAUGCAAGAAGAUCAAGAAGGCAAAGUGCAACGUGCUGCUAAUCCAGAAGUCCAUUCUCAGAGAUGCAGUUAAUGACCUUGCCCUACACUUCUUGUCGAAGCUAGGAAUAAUGGUGAUAAAGGAUGUGGAAAGAGAAGAGAUUGAGUUUUUGUCUAAGAGUCUCAACUGUAAGCCAAUUUCUGACCCAGAGUUUUUCACUGAAGAUCGUCUAGGUGCUGCCGAUCUCAUCGAGGAGGUCGACAGUGACGGUUCCAAAAUUGUCAAAAUUACGGGCGUUAAAUCGAACGUUGCGCGGCCAACUGUUUCUGUUAUUGUCCGCGGUGCGAACAACGUUAUUCUGGAUGAAACAGAGAGGUCUCUGCAUGAUGCCCUUUGCGUUAUCCGUUGUUUAGUCAAGGAAAGAGCCCUCAUUGCAGGUGGCGGUGCUCCUGAAAUCGAAGCAUCUCGUACCUUGAUGAAGGAAGCUAGAACGCUGCAAGGUGUGGAGGCUUUCGUUUGGCAAGAGUUUGCCGCAGCUUUGGAGGUCAUACCAACUACAUUGGCCGAAAACGCUGGUCUUUAUAGCAUAAGGGUAGUCACAGAUCUACGCACCCUGCAUGAGAAUGGAGAAAAGAAUGCGGGUAUUUCCAUAAGAAGGUCAGCUACUACAAACACCUUUGAUGAGCAUGUGUUGCAGCCUGUUUUGGUUAGUACAAGUGCCAUCACUUUAGCAUCGGAGUGCGUGAAAUCCAUUUUAAGAAUUGAUGAUAUCACCUUCAGCCGGUGA